AUGCCGAAUCGCCCAGCCCUGGUCCGACCACACUGCGCCGCAACGAGCGCCUCGGCAGCGGGGUCUCGCCGGUCUCGCACAUCCGGCUCGUUCCACGCCGGCGAGCCCUUCCCCGUCCUCUCGCCCUACCAGGAGGAACCUGUCGCAAGCAGCAGCCGACGCCGAAAGAGUUCAGUCCGGGAUGCCCGCCCAAUUCCUGCCCGACAGCCGACCGCGAGGUACCAUACUUUCCCCACAUCCCCGCCUGCGACGCCGUCUGCCUCGGGCGCGUCCCCGCAGCAAUCGUACCCUUGGUACAAACGACUGUUUCGAACGCAAUCCCAAGAAGGGGACCGAGACGCGGGUGAAAGGGACAAUGGCGCAGGCACCACUUCGUUCGAGACUCAAUCAAUCGACCGAGACACAAGAGACAGAGACAACAAAUGGAUAGGCAAGGGCAAGGGCGCCCCCGGCGACGGCGCAGACGACACCGACGCCGCGGGAGAUACGGAUCUUGAUACAACCCCAUUACCAUGGCAGCAACUCGGCUUACUCGCCUUACUCUCCCUAGCCGAACAAACCGCCCUCAACUCCAUCGGCCCGUACCUGCCCUCCAUGGUCGCCUCAUUCGACGAAAUCCCCUCCGGCGAAGAAGGCCUUUUCGUCGGCCUACUAGCCUCAGCAUUCGCCCUCGCGCAGCUCGCCACCAACCUGGUCUGGGGAUACCUCUCUGACCGGGUAGGCCGGAAACCGACAAUGCUAUUGGGCACGUCCCUGCUGGCGGGGUGUUUUGUCUUCUUUGGGCUUUGCACGACGUACGUGCAGCUGCUCAUGGUGCAUGUUGCGAUGGGGCUGCUGAAUGGGAAUGCGGCGAUUGUCCCGACGUGUUUGGGCGAGGUGACGGAUCGGACGAAUCAGAGUAAGGCGUUUACCUGGUUGCCGGUGAUUUAUAGUCUGGGGAGCAUCACGGGGCCGGCGCUGGGCGGGUUGUUGGUUGGGGUUAUGGGCGGGGAGGAGUAUCCGUUUUUGGCGCCCAACUUGCUGUCGGCCGCGCUGCUGAUCUUGAGUGUGGUUGUGCUGGCGGUGUGGUUUGAGGAGACGCUAGAGGGGAGUGAUGCAAACGGAGCUGGCUGUGGGCGCGACCGGAUCAAGGCGGUGAUCGAGUGGUGCGCUGGGGUGUGGCCGGGGCUAAAGAGACGCUUAGGCGUGAAGGGAAGAGGGGGGCAAUACCCGGUUGAUACCCGGGACGACCAGCACUCUGACCUCGUUGAUGGGCACGACCGGCAGGGCCUGCUCGAUUCCGUCAGCGAGGUUGAUGAAGAUGACAACUCCGUCAACAAACAUGCUGAGUACCAGGUGCCGACUUUCAGACAGCUGGUAAACCGCAAUACGCUCGCUGUGCUGGGCACAUACCUCGUUUUCCAGCUCGCUAAUAUAUCCUACAACUCGCUCUAUCCGAUAUUCGCCUCCUCGCCCCUGCCAACUGGCCGCAAUCUUGGACCUGGGACGAUCGGCCUCAGCCUGUCCUUCGCGGGACUGGCAACGAUUACGUUCCAAGCCUUUCUGUUUCAGAGGCUGAAAGCACGCAUAGGGAACUUGGGUACAUAUCGAUAUUCAUUGCUGGGCAUGGCGCUGAGCAUGUCGUUGAUGCCUUGGGUUGGGUAUUCCGAUAACAUGCCACGUUUGGGGCUUUGGACUGGCAAGGUCUGGCUGUAUGGAGAGCUGGGAGGGAUUCUGAUUCUCAAGAAUAUCUGUGCUGUUGGUGGGCUUAGCAGUGUCAUGCUUCUGAUCACCAAUUCCGCCCCUUCGCACGAGACGCUUGGCACCCUCAACGGCAUCGCCCAGACCCUUUCGGCCGCCGGCCGCAGUGUCGGGCCGUUCCUCUCCGGCAGCAUAUUCACCCUGUCUACCCGUGUGAGACCAAAAGGGGAGGCUCUGGCAUGGGGCAUUUUUGCCGGCAUCACCCUCGGUGGUUGGCUCGGGUCCUUUGCGAUACGCGGCCGCGGUUUGGAAAGUGCGGAUUGUGUUGUCAAUGAUGAUGAUGAGGAGGAGGGUGAAGAAGAUUUCAGAUACGACGACGAGGAAAGGGGUCUGGAGAGGUGA